UGUAGGAGAAGAUUGAAGCACAUAGCAGCCAACAACCGAUGGAAUUAACUGUUAAUUCUCCUCUUGAUGCUCUUGGAGUAGUUUUUGGGAAAGAGCACCCUGGCCGUGUUCGAGGUUUAGGUAUGGGAGCUGUUCCAACAAUUGCUUUCAAGAACAACACCACAAGGAUUAGUCAAAUGAAUUUAGGUUCUUCAAAUGAUGUUGGCACAUCAUCUACUUGUGGUCCAAAUGUGCAAGAGGAGUUGGAUAGUGUUAAAGCGCAAUUGCAAGCGCUAGUAUCCUAUAUUGCUUCUAAGGAAGGAGGUAAAAUUCCAAUACAAUUGGCUGGAAUGUUCCCUACUCAACAAGUUUCACAGAGAUUGGAUCAGGAGAGUGAGAUUCCAUCACCAAAAGAGUUAGGAAGUAGGUCUUCUGGAGCAAGCAAUAAGGAAGCAUGACCUUACUUGAUAUGUUAAGACGUAUAUUAAGAAUUAUAUGUUAAGGCCUAUUAUUGAAAAAUGUUACUUUGAUACUUUGUUUUUGGAUUAUGACAUUUCAAUUAUGACUUGGAUUAUGACUUUUGGAUCA